UAAGGAUGAUUCGGAUACUAUUAAAAAAAUUCAAACAGUAGAAAGUUUUAUAAAUAGAUAUCAACGAUUGUUAACAUUACUUUCAUUAGAAAAUUUAGAAAAUGGAACAGUAUUUAUUAUCGAUAUGUGUGAAUUAUACAAUGAUCAAAAUUUUUUGAACGAAUGGUCUGACUUCAAGAAAGAUAUAUAUGAAAAUCCAUUACAUACCUUAAAUUGUUUUAAACUCACUAUACAUCAGCAAAUUUUAAAUACAAUCCCACGAGAAAAUUUGAGUUCUGUAAAUAUUAUAAAUAUAUUAUCCAAUGUUAGAAUAAAAAUAUUGAAUUAUGAACCAAUUAUAAGUUUGCAAAAUUUGAAAGCAAAUUCUUACGGAAGAUUAGUAUCUGUUAGAGGUUGUGUAAUUAGAGUAGGUCAUGUGAAGCAUCUUGCACAAUGGAUAGCAUUUGCUUGUCGUAAAUGUAAUUUGCAAAAAAUAAUGAAACAGCCAUUAGGAGUUUUCACAAUUCCGAAAAAAUGUAAUCUAUGUGGCGUAUCUAAAUUUCGUGUGAUAUUAGAUUCACCAUUGAUAAAAAGCAUUCCAUUUCAAACAAUUAAAAUACAAGAAAUUUCGAAUAAUGAUCAGAAUAGUAAAGGUAAUAUGCCUAGAAUGGUUGAUAUUGAAUUAAUGGAUGAUUUAGUUAACACUUGUAUGCCUGGAGAUGAUAUUACUUUAACAGGAAUUAUAAAGGGUACUAAUAAUACUAAGAUUCGAAAUAAAAUGUCAUUUUCUUUAUAUAUGGAAGCUAUUACAAUAAUUAACAAUAAACAAAGACUUCAAAAUAAAAAUUUCACGAAUAACGAAAUGUCAAUAAAGGAUUAUUUAGCAAUAAAGGAAGUAUAUAAUACACCAAAUAUUUUUCCACUUUUGGUACAUUCUUUAUGUCCAAGUAUAUACGGUCAUGAAAUUGUCAAGGCUGGAUUAAUAUUGAGUUUAUUUGGUGGGAAUGUAGAACAUUCCGAAUUACGAGAAAAUAUUCAUAUAUUAAUCGUUGGUGAUCCUGGCCUUGGAAAAUCGCAAAUGUUACAAGCUUGUGCUCGAAUUGCCGCAAAAGGUGUAUAUGUAUGCGGAAAUUCAAGUACAUCAUCCGGUUUGACAAUAACAUUAGCGAAAGAAAAUAAGAGUAAUAAUUUUAAUUUAGAACCUGGGGCAUUAGUUUUAACAGAUAGAGGAUGUUGUUGUAUCGAUGAAUUUGAUAAAAUGUGUAAACAACAUGCGGUUUUAUUGGAAGCUAUGGAACAGCAAAGCGUAAGCAUUGCUAAAUCAGGAAUAAUAUGUUCCCUUCCUACGAGAACAUCCAUUCUUGCAGCUGCUAAUCCAAUUGGUGGCCGAUUUAAUCGAAAUAAGACAGUAAUACAAAACUUAAAAAUGAGUGCACCUCUCUUGUCCCGUUUUGAUUUAAUAUUUUUAUUAUUGGAUGAGCCAAAUAAACAUAUAGACGAUUUAUUAUGCAAACACGUUAUGUCCAUCCAUACUGAUAUAAAUACAAUUGAUAAAACACAAAGUAAUACAUAUCAAUGUAUAAAUGCACCAGAUACAACCAAACUUUCAUUAAGAGAUAAACUUAGACUUUCUGUGGACGAAAAUCCGAAUAUUAUUCCGCAAUCAAUUCUCAGAAAAUAUAUCGCAUACGCACGACAAUAUGUUAAACCAAAAUUGACUAAAGAGGCAGCUAUAAUAUUACAGAAUUAUUAUUUAAAAUUACGAAAUAAAAAUAAUAAAUUUAACGGUUUAUCUGUCUGCAACAGACAAUUAGAAGCUAUGAUACGAUUAACAGAGGCUAGAGCAAAAUUGGAAUUACGGACAGAGGCAACAGAAGCAGAUGCUUUGGAUGUAAUAGAAAUUUUACAACAUACAUUUGAUGAUAAAUUUAUAAAUUAUCAAUCUUUAGGUACAAAAAAUGUAACUACUGGAAAAAUUAAACAGUUUAUAGAAAUAUUAAGAAAAGAAACCAAUUCUAAUAAAAGUCAAAUAUUUUCUAUGAAAAGAUUACAAGAGAUUGCGAUGGAUAGAAAUUUUAUAAUGGGUGAUUUUUCUGAAUUUCUUGCGAAAUUAAACGAAAACGGAAUCUUAUUAAAAAUGGGUAGUAAUAAAUUCAAAUUUAUUUCUUCUAGACAAAGGCAGCGUGCUGUAGCUCUUGUUAGGCAUCUUGCAGCGCAUGCAGGUGGACAAUAUGGAAUACAUUUCGGUGGACAAGGUCCGCACGGCACUGGUGGCGUACAUAUGAUGGUAACUGGUACUGAACCACAGGCGAUGGGAAACAAGGUGAACAACAUGAUAAAAAAAGCAUGUGAAUGGGAUGAGCCAGCAUGUCCACCUCCUGUUAUGUGUUCACCUUGUGCAGCACCUUGUAUUCCAGUUAAACAAUGUAAAAGCUAUGAUUUUCGAACAAGUAUUAUAUAUAGAUGUGAAUGUAUCAAAAGGAAUGGGCUACAAGAUAGAUGUAUGAUGUGGGAGUGCAUGGGUAGACCAGAAUGUAUGACGAAAUUGUAUCCCGUUUGUAUGCCAGGCCGUUGUGCGUUAUUGAAAUUAACUGAAUUAGGAGAUAUGGAAGUUGCUUUAAAGAAAUUUUAUUGUGCUGAUCAAGCAAGGGAAGCUGCUCUUGCCGCAUAUUGUAGAUUGGUAUGUAAUACAAGCGCGGACAAACCUUGUUGCAUGGUGACCCCGAUAUGCUCAAGCAAAUCUUGUAAACCUAUAUGCGUUGAAUUACCAUGCUCACCAUGUCCACCAAGUUCACCGUGUCCACCAUGUCCACCAUGUUUACCGUGUCCACCGUGUUCACCGUGUCCACCAUGUCCACCGUGCCUACCGUGCCCACCGUGUCCACCGUGUUCACCGUGUCCACCGUGUCCACCGUGUCCACCAUGUCCACCAUGUUCACCAUGUCCACCAUGUCCACCAUGCUUACCAUGUCCACCAUGCCCACCAUGCCCAUCAUGUCCACCAUGCCCACCAUGUUCAUCAUGCCCACCGUGUCCACCAUGCUCACCGUGUCCACCAUGCCCACCAUGUCCACCUUGUUCACCUUGUAUUACUUCUUGCGUACCUCCUUGUGCUACUUUCAAAAUUUGUGUCCCAUGUCCACCACCAUGUCCACCUUCAUGUACGCCACCAUGCGUAGUACCAUGUAUACCGCCGUGUCCACCACCGUGUCCACCACCAUGUCCACCACCAUGUUUACCACCGUGUUUACCAUGUUUACCGCCAUGUCCACCAUCAUGUCCACCACCGUGUCCACCACCGUGUCCACCACCAUGUCCACCAUGUCCACCACCGUGUUUACCACCAUGUGCAACAGCGUGUCCACCACCGUGUCCACCACCGUGUCCACCUCCGUGUCCACCUCCGUGUCCACCAAAAUGUCCACCUCCGUGUUCGCCAUGUUUACCAUGUCUACCGUGUUUACCAUGUUCGCCAUGUCCACCAUGUUCGCCAUGUUCUCCAUGUUCGCCAUGCCCACCAUGUUUGCCAUGUCCACCUUGUUCUCCAUGUCCACCAUGUUUACCAUGUCCACCAUGUCCACCUUGCCAACCGUGUUCACCAUGUGCACCACCAUGUCUUACGUUAUGUCCGUCACCAUGUUUAUCAGUGUGCCCGUCACCGUGUUAAACAAAAUGUUUCAGUAUAUAUCCAUCAAUAUGUUUUUUUCUAUAUGUGCCAAUCUUUUCAUAACGGAAUUUAUCUACCAGUUAUUAUAUUGGUUAUUGAUUAGAUUCUUUAGUCUGUGCAUUUUUCAUUUUGUUACAAAUUUAUUUUAUUAUAUAUGUUUCAUAUCUUCUGUCAACAAUGUUAUUUGUUAA